GUCAUAUGACUUCUCAAAACUUCCCGUUUGGUAGAGAGCGCAGCAGCACCUGGGAAUCAGCUCAAAAUGUAGUCUACUCCAACAUACGUCAGCAUCGUUAACACUGCAUUGGGCAAGCAUACCUACUUGCAGAUAUCAAGGAACGUUAUGGGGAGCAGAAGGAAGAAAGUGAGGGACGAAGGAGAGGGUUUGGUCAGGACUUCCUCCCAGGCCAACCUCCUCGGACUUCCAGAACUGUCUGAUGAUGAGGAGCAUGUCACAGGCGGAUUUGUCUACAUCCUGGUGGGGUUCUCUGCUCUGGGUGGCUUUCUUUUCGGCUAUGACACUGGAGUGGUAUCUGGGGCAAUGCUUCUUCUCAAAAAGGAGAUGAACCUGAAUGCUUUAUGGCAGGAGCUACUGGUGUCCAGUACUGUUGGUGCUGCUGCGCUCUCUGCAUUGGCCGGUGGGCCAUUGAAUGAGGCUUUCGGGCGUAGGGUCUGUAUCUUGCUGGCCAGUUUUCUCUUUACUGUUGGGGGGGUCGUUUUAAGUGCUGCCCCAAACAAAGAGGUUCUACUCGUUGGAAGAAUUAUCGCUGGACUAGGUAUAGGCAUCACCUCCAUGACGGUACCUGUCUACAUCGCUGAGGUUUCACCGCCACACCUGAGAGGGCAGCUGGUCACCAUGAAUACACUCUUCAUCACUGGCAGCCAGUUUAUUGCCACUCUUGUAGACGGAGCCUUCAGCUACCUGCACAAAGAUGGAUGGAGAUACAUGUUGGGUCUGUCUGCAGUCCCUUCAGUGAUCCAGUUUAUUGGUUUCCUGUUCCUGCCAGAGAGCCCACGCUGGCUCAUGCAGAAGGGUUCUACCCAGACUGCCAGGCGUGUGCUGAGCCAGAUCCGUGGGGGCCAGAGCAUUGAGCAGGAGUAUGAAAGCAUCAGGACCAGCGUUGAGGAAGAGGAAAAGGGGAGAGGAGAGGGCCCUGUGAUCUGGCGAAUGCUGAGCCACCCUCCCACAUGCAGGGCUCUCAUUGUGGGAUGUGGACUUCAGAUGUUCCAGCAGCUCUCUGGGAUCAACACUGUCAUGUACUACAGUGCCACAAUUUUGCAGAUGUCUGGAGUGCGAGACGUCAAACAGGCCAUCUGGUUGGCUUCGGCCACUGCCGCCACCAAUUUCCUGUUCACCCUGAUGGGGGUGUGGCUUGUGGAGCGAGUGGGACGCAGGAGGCUGACGCUGGGCAGUAUUUUUGGUACUGCUUUGAGUUUGAUAGUUCUAGCUGUAGGCUUUUUGAUAUCGGCCCAGACCUCUCCCCCUAUCACCCUCCACCCCACAGAGCUUAUCAACAGCACCUGUUCACACUAUGGGUAUUGUGAGAACUGCAUGUUAGAUCCAGGCUGCGGUUUCUGUUACUUGGAGAACAGCUCCUCUGUGUACGACUCUUCCUGCAUUCCUGUCAAUCAAGCGUCCACUGAGAAAGCUGCUUGGGGCAGGUGCUCCAACAUGACUGAGGCUAGUGAUGGACCUCUCUGGGCUUACAACUACUGUCCAACUCCUAACUCUUGGAUAGUCCUACUAGGCCUCAUCCUCUACCUGGCUUUUUUUGCUCCAGGUAUGGGUCCCAUGCCAUGGACGGUUAACUCUGAGAUCUAUCCUCUUUGGGCCAGGAGUACUGGUAACGCCUGCUCCGCUGGAGUCAACUGGACUUUCAAUGUCCUGGUUUCGCUCACCUUCCUCCACGUGGCUGAGUACCUCACCUACUAUGGCGCGUUCUUUCUCUAUUCGGGUCUGGCUUGGCUCGGCCUGCUCUUUGUGCUGGGCUGUCUACCAGAGACCAGAGGCCAGAGGCUGGAGGACAUCGAGGGCCUGUUCUCUGGCCCCCUCUGUUCCUGCGGAGACCCUGAGGGAGGACGGACCCGCAACUUCCAGUACAUCCGGGUGAAGGGCAGUAACGCACUGUCGGACAACGAAGCCUCUGAUGUGGAGUAGCCUGUGGGAAAAUCUAAAGGUUCUAUUUUCUCUCACCAGGGAGAGUUUGGUUAAUGUAUUUCUGAAGGUAUUUCAUUCGUUUUCUUGUAGACCUCUUUCACACACGGCAAGAGGGACGAGGGAGUCCAUCAGGGAACAAUGUGUUUCCUUUAUUGAUGUUUUGCAGGCACAGCUGUCAAACGGUUGUGAGGCUGUUGUCCUGCUUUCCUUCCCUUCCAUUUUAAACUCGCUCACUCCUUUCCAUUUCUCUCUUUCUCUCUCUUGGUGUUUUAUUGCUAUCUCUCACGCAACACAAGGCCUUAUGGGAACAAGAGUUUCACAUUCCUGUUUCUGGUGUUGAGUCAGUUAUGAAUCCAUGUUGCUGACUCAGCGCGAUCACCAUGUUUUUGUAGAGUUCCUGCAAUGUUGUUGUAGCAAGCCAGUCAGCACCAUAGCAGCUCAGUGGUAUUGGAUGAGUGGUGUACUGGUAUUGUAUGCUCUAGUAGGUGCUUAAAUAAUGAAAUAAAUGUAUGUUGUACUUUAACUAGGGUUGAAUCAGCUGUUAUUGUGAGUUCUGGAGAGAGAUUAGACUUCAGUAAGACUAACUGGGUGUAACAAAUUGAGUACAAAUUUUAUAAUUCAAUGGCAUAAUUGCCUGUAAAUGUGGGCAGCAGUCAUUAACUAUUGUAAAUAAAUUUAUAAAAUGUACUGUACAUAAUGAUUUCCAAUGUUGUUGUUUUUUGUUUAUGUAUUGGGGUCACUAAUGUUCUUUGAAUUGUACAUGUUUGUUGAUAUGCUAUUUAAUAAAGAAAGAAAGAAAUGUCA